AUGGUAACCCAGGUUGGACAGUCGAACGAGAACAACCCAGCAUUGUACAUCAUGUCGCUGUUCUUCAAGGGAUACUGGUCUCCCAGGACGGAGGAGUAUGUCGUGUCUGACACCGACGACCUAACGGCACUUCUCGUAGACUCGACCGACGCCACGCCCCACGGAUUGUGCAACGCCGUGUACAUCGGCUAUGCGCCGUCGACCGCUCAGGUUGCCGCCCUCACGGCCUACUCGGCACAGUUUAAGGUCCGUCUCGUCUACUUCCCUUCCGCUCUCACCCACACCACCGCCGAGUUUACGACGAAACUCGGGAUCCAGACGUACUUCGCCGGCGACAUCACGACUCCUGCGUUCGUGCAGCUCAGCGACCUGGGAAGCACUAAGGUGUCCAUCACGCAGCCCGGCUUCCAGACCGACCCGAACCUCUUCACCCCCGCCCUGUUCAGCUACCCGGUGAUCAUCAACGCGGUUCCUGAGGACGGGGUCGUCGAGGUUCUCGCGCAGUAUGUCGAUAGUGACAGCGAGCCUUACCUCUCCGGUGCCGCGGGUGACCAGGAAAACGCUGCCGUGCUCAGCUACACCGGUGCUGACGGCCACGAGGAGCUGCACGUCUUCAACACUAUCGGCUGGUUCGACGCCGGCGCGUGGCCGUGGGCGCACUUCUACAACGAGUGGGCCACCAAGGGCAUCUUCAUGGGAGAGCGCCGUUUCUACCUGGCAGCGGUUGUCGACGACCUCUUCCUCUCCACCCCGGAGUUCGAGUACGACGGAGCAAUGAACGAGGCUGCGCUCUCUCAACGGUGCACGGGGGAGGACCUGACCAACCUUCUCAGCCUGCAGCAAGCCCUCAACACCCAGUACUCGGGGUCGGACAUCAUCACCGAGUUCGCCUUCAACGGCGGCGGGAUCGCGGAGCAUGUGUCACAAUCGGUCGACGGCAUCACGUACGUCCCCGAGUACGAGGAGACCAUGGUAACUACGAAGGGCACCAAGUGGUACGAAGACGGUCAGAUCAACGUGCACGACACCAACUGGCUCGCCACCAACGUCCCCCUCAUGCAGCAAGACAUGGCCGACGGCACCUGGGAGGCCAACGACGACCUUCUCGUGGCGGUGAUCAGCUACCUCGACACAGCUUCCACGUUCUACCACGGCCACCACACCCUCAUCCACCUGUCCCGCGACCAGCUUCGCGAGUCGGACUGCGUCACUGAGGACACCGGUAACGUGCAGAUCGCUCUCAUGACCGGCAUGUGGGACAGCGACAACUACAACUGGCGCUCCAUGGUAUCCCCCGGCAUCACGGGUCUCUUCAAUGAGAACUGCCUCGACUCGGCGGCGCAGAACCUGAUGGUGUGCUACCCUGGCGACAACACCUUCGACGGAACCGUGUCCGGUGCUACCAUUCUGGUCAACGAAGACAACCAAUUCCACUCGAUCUACUCGACGGUGGCCAACAACGGCUACGAUGGUGUCCAGAUCGUGCCAAGGUUCGCGACCUACAUUUACUUCAACUGCGUUACGGGCUCCUGCCUGGUGAACGAGAACGAGUACAUCAGGCGCUUCGUCUGCGGGUGCACCCCGCUCGACCCGAGCAUCGCCGACUACACUUGCACGAGCACCGCGGACGAAUGCGUCGACGACGACGGCGCCCCGGACAUCCAGUCCUUCGGUGACAUCGAGGCCCUCUUCGACGCCGAGGCCUUCACCACCACGCGCUACAUGCUGACUGGCCGCAGGGACAAAUACAUGUUCCACCAAGCCAACAUCAUCCCGGCAGGGGACGUCGGCGACGGAACGCAGUCCCUGCUCGACUACUGGUACGAGCGAGUCUUGGAGGUGUUCUCCAGCUUCGUCACCUUCCCGGUCAAGAGCAUCAAGUUCGACGACCUGUGCACCGAGUUCACGCUCCACGAAGCUCUGGACGACUCGAGCCCGUACGUCACCAUGGCCCUCGACGAAACCGGGGCUGUUACCGGCUUGUCCUACGUCUCGGGCAGCGGGGCCGGCCUCGUGCCACUUACCGUCCCGACCGCUUCCGCCGCCUCGAUCCCCACGACUGGCCUUUCCAUCGAAGACACGGAAACGUACGGCACCGACACCACCUACUACCUCAAGGACGAUGACGCCUCCGCUGUCUCCAGGGUGGGCACCAAGCCUGAUGCCAGUGAGCUUGCCGAAGUCCCGCUGCCUGUGGAUGAGAGCGUUCCCGGCGACGCCAGCGCAACGCAGAGCCCCUCGGAGAUCGUGGCGAACGCGGAGGAGUUGGCGGAGAACCAGGAGGCGAAUGCCCUCGUGCCCGCGGAGAACGGCGGUCUCUUGGCCGACCAGGGCCUGGUCGACGCGGACGUCGCCGCAGGCGUCGCGAUCGAAGAAGCCGAGGAAGAAGGCCUCAUCUAGGUUUGCGUCAGAAGGCGGAAGAGGUCCGCGCCAGCACCUUUGUGCCCUCGUUUUGGAGCGUACGGGAAGAAGGCGUCUCCCAUGUUUUGUGCUCUACUCUUGGUCCAUUGUGCAUAUUGUCCGAUGGCAUUUGUCAUC